ACAUCUGAAUCUCUCCGGACCAUACCGCAGAUUUCACAUCAUAAAGAAUUAGGAACUAUAGAAAUGAUCGAUCACCUCUAUUUUUUAGAAUUCCACAUUCCUGCAUAGUCAAAUGCCCAAUGACCAAGUGGAGCAAAAUGGGUGAAACCUACAAGAAUAAAAACAAGGAAGAAACACAUAAAGAAAAGACACAAGUGUGGAAAGAAAAAUAGAAGGGGAAAAAAAAUGCAAUCACCUUGCAUUAGAGAGGCCUCAAAAGCUUGCUUUCAUGGUUGCUGUCCAGCUCCUUUUCUUGGCUUGCCUGAGCCCCAUAAUUCCACUUCCAAGCCACCCAACACCGUGACCGCUUUCCAGUAUGACUUCACUGCUCUCACAGCUUCCUCCCUCCAACCAAACACCCACUUCAGCAACCAUGAAUCUCUCCCUUUGUUGGAAGAAUCAGUCUCCAUCUUCAACAAAGUGUAUCCACAAUACUCACAGACCGAUCAGGCAGACCAAAUCCGAGCCAACGAAUACUAUCAUCUCUCCUCCUCAAGCCAUGUCUGCCUUGAUUACAUUGGCCAUAGCCUCUUCUCCUACUCCCAGCAACAAAGUCAUUGCCCUACAGCUUCAAUUGCCUCAUCCUCAACAUCUCCUCCACCACUGCUUUCUAAUGCUUCAAAUGUACCCUUCUUUGAUGUUCAUUACAAGUCAGUGAAUUUGCAUUCUCAGAUACACUAUGGUGGCCAAGAAUCAGAAUUUGAAUCCAAAAUCAGGAAAAGAAUCAUGAGCUUUAUGAAUAUAUCUGAAGAUGAUUACUCCAUAGUUUUCACUGCCAACCAGUCAUCUGCUUUUAAGCUUCUAGCAGACUCUUACCCAUUCCACCACAAUGAAAAUAUUCUUACAGUCUAUGACUACGAAAACGAGGCAGUGGAAGCCAUGAUCAAGACCUCCAAAAAGAGAGGCGCCCGAGUCUCGUCAGCUGAGUUCUCAUGGCCUAGCUUGAGGAUCCAAUCAGGGAAGUUAAGGAAGUUGGUAGGGAGUAAGAACAAGAGAAGAAAGAAGGGAUUGUUUGUUUUCCCCCUCCAGUCUAGGAUGACCGGAGCUCGGUAUUCCUAUCUAUGGAUGAGUUUGGCACAGGAAAAUGGUUGGCAUGUAAUGCUUGAUGCUAGUGCAUUAGGAGCCAAGGACAUGGAGACCUUGGGCCUUUCUCUCUUUCAGCCAGACUUUCUUGUUUGCUCCUUUUUCAAGAUUUUCGGAGAAAACCCUUCCGGCUUUGGCUGCCUGUUUGUCAAGAAGUCCAGUGCUUCAGUGUUCAAUGAUUCCAACACAGCAACAAGCAUAGGAAUUGUUAGUCUUGUCCCGGCCACGAUACCAGUUCAGUCCCUUGAAGAAUCAGCCAUUACAGAUCAAGAACUCGGACAAACAUCAAAAAUAGAGUUACAGAAAGAGGACUUGGCCGAGACAAGUUCAAUCUCUACCUCCAAAUCUGUUCAACAGAGCACUGGUGAAAUUUCUGAAUUGCAUGACCCCAAAGAAGUUAAUGUCAAACAGAAGGAAAUAUCAUUCUCUGAAAUUGUAGAAUUAGAUAAACCCCCAGACACUGCCCAAUUCACAAGCACUCAGACCAGUAUUGGUGGACGCACAGACAUUGAAUGCAGGGGCUUGGACCAUGCUGAUUCAUUAGGCCUAAUACUGAUCAGUACCAGAGCAAGGUACCUUGUGAACUGGCUAGUAAAUGCACUGAUGAGUCUUAGACAUCCACACUCAGAAAAUGGGCUUCUUCUAGUACGAAUCUACGGGCCAAAAAUAAAGUUCAACAGAGGACCAGCCGUGGCAUUCAAUGUGUUUGAUUGGAAAGGAGAGAAGAUUGAUCCCUCACUGGUACAAAAGUUGGCUGAUCGCAGCAGUAUUUCUCUCAGUUAUGGAUUCUUACACCACAUUUGGUUCUCGGAAAAGUAUGAAGAAGAGCGGGAGAGUAUAAUAGAGUUAAGAAGCACUGAAGAAGAAGAGACAAUGGGAAACAAAAAGAGAAAGAAUUAUGAAUCUGGGAUAUCAGUGGUCACUGCUUCACUGGGGUUCUUGACAAACUUUGAAGACGUGUAUAGGCUCUGGUCAUUUGUUUCGCGCUUCUUGGACGCAGACUUUGUGGAGAAAGAGCGAUGGAGAUACAAAGCUCUUAAUCAAACAACAAUUGAAGUUUGAACACAACUUAUUCUUUCAUUCUUUGCCAUUGUGAGGAGCAAUAAUGUAUUGUGUAUUUUAAGUUCCAUGGUUCUUUCAUUGAAUUAAUAUAAGACCCUUAAACAGAAGAGAUGGUGGCACUUUUUAUUCUGUUCA